UCCGGUGUCUCCACGAUGGCGACUCCGGACUCCCUGGCGUUGUUCACCGGCCUCGGGUUAAGCGAACUUAAGGCCCGCGAGACGCUCAAGAACACGACUCUGAGCACGCAGUUGCGCGAGGCGGCCACCCAGGCGCAGCAGACCUUAGGCUCCACUAUCGACAAGGCUACCGGGACCCUGCUGUAUGGCUUGGCCUCCCGACUCAGGGAUCCCCGACGCCUCCCCUUUCUCGUGGGCUACAUCGCCCGUAAGAAGAUCCACAGCGAGCUCCAGCUGAGCGCUGCCCUUGAGUAUGUGCGGAGUCACCCUCUGGAUCCCAUCGACACCGCGGACUUUGAGCGGGAGUGUGGUGUGGACGUCAUGGUGACCCCAGAGCAGAUCGAGGAGGCGGUGGAGGCUGCUAUCAAUCGGCACCGGCCCCAGCUCCUGGAGGAACGUUACCAUUUCAACAUGGGGCUGCUGAUGGGGGAGGCCCGGGCUGUUCUCAAAUGGGCCGAUGGCAAAAUGAUCAAGCAUGAAGUGGACAUGCAGGUCCUUCACCUUCUGGGUCCCAAGAAGGAGUCUGAUCUGAACAAGAAAUCCAAGGUCGUAAAGGCUCGGCCAGAAGAUGCAGACCGGAAGAAAGCCAAGGAUGUAGUUGAGAAUGGCAUGGCUGCUGGCCAGGCUCUGUCCCUGAUGGAGCAGCUCCGGGGAGAGGCACUCAAGUUCCACAAGCCUGGUGAAAACUACAGGACCCCAGGCUAUGUGACCACUCCCCACACCAUGGAUCUGCUGAAACAGCACCUGGAGGUCACUGGGGGACAGGUGCGGACCCGGUUCCCGCCGGAGCCCAAUGGAAUCCUACACAUUGGACAUGCCAAAGCCAUCAAUUUCAACUUCGGCUAUGCCAAGGCCAAUAAUGGGAUCUGCUUUCUGCGCUACGAUGACACCAACCCUGAGAAAGAGGAAGCCAAGUUCUUCACUGCCAUCUAUGACAUGGUGGCCUGGCUGGGUUACUCACCUCACAAGGUGACAUACGCUUCCGAUUACUUCGACCAGCUCUAUACCUGGGCCCUGGAGCUGAUCCGCAGGGGCCAGGCCUAUGUGUGCCACCAGCGAGGGGAGGAACUUAAAGGCCACAACCCUCCGCCCUCACCCUGGAGGGACCGUCCUGUGGAGGAGUCCCUGCUUCUCUUUGAGGGCAUGCGUAAGGGCAAGUUUGCAGAGGGCGAAGCCACGUUGCGGAUGAAGCUGGAAAUGGAAGAUGGGAAAACGGACCCCGUGGCCUAUCGCGUCAAGUACACCCCGCACCACCGCACAGGCGAUACCUGGUGCAUCUACCCCACCUACGACUACACACACUGCCUCUGUGACUCCAUAGAGCACAUCACCCACUCACUCUGCACCAAGGAGUUCCAGGCCCGGCGCUCAUCCUACUUCUGGCUGUGCAAUGCCCUGGAUGUCUACUGCCCCGUGCAGUGGGAGUAUGGCCGCCUCAACAUCCACUACGCCGUUGUCUCCAAGAGGAAGAUCCUGCAGCUUGUGGCAGCUGGUGCCGUGCGGGACUGGGAUGACCCCCGGCUCUUCACUCUGACGGCCCUGCGACGGCGAGGUUUCCCACCCGAGGCCAUCAACAACUUCUGUGCCCGGGUGGGGGUGACAGUGGCACAGACAACAAUGGAGCCACAUUUGCUGGAAGCCUGCGUGCGCGAUGUGCUAAAUGACACGGCCCCAAGGGCGAUGGCCGUGCUAGAGCCACUGAGGGUCACCGUCACCAAUUUCCCUGCUGCCGAGCCCUUGGACAUCCAGGUGCCUAACUUCCCAGCUGAUGAGAGCAAGGGCUUCCACCAGGUUCCCUUUGCAUCUGUCAUCUUCAUGGAGCGGACAGAUUUCAAGGAGGAGCCAGAGCCAGGCUAUAAGCGCUUGGCAUGGGGUCAGCCUGUGGGCCUGAGGCACACAGGCUAUGUCAUUGAGCUGCAGCAUGUUGUCAAGGACCCCAGUGGCUGUGUCAAGAGCCUGGAGGUAACCUGCAGACGGACAGAUGCUGGAGAAAAGCCCAAGGCCUUCAUUCACUGGGCAUCCCAGCCACUGACGUGCGAGAUUCGCCUCUAUGAACGAUUAUUCCAGCAUAAGAACCCUGAGGACCCUGCUGAGGUACCUGGUGGAUUCUUGAGUGACCUGAACCAGGCAUCUCUACAAGUGGUUGAGGCAGCAUUAGUGGACUGUUCUGUGGCUCUGGCCAAGCCCUUUGACAAGUUCCAAUUUGAGCGGCUUGGGUACUUCUCUGUGGAUCCAGAUAGUCACCAAGGACAGCUUGUCUUCAACCGGACAGUCACACUGAAGGAGGAUCCAGGGAAAGUGUGAGCCGAGGCCCAGAGGACCAGGAACCAUCUCCUAUGACCUGGGAACUGGAAGCACCCCAGUGUCCAUUUCAAUAAAGAGCAUCUAGAUGCCCCCAGAA